GUGAACGGUUGAUCCAGUAUGCCAGCGAGAAUCUGGUGACGGAGAUUCUGAUCCAUCCGCAGAUCAACACCUUCAUCCAGUGCAUACGGAACAUGCUGAGCAGCUUCACCCGGCACCGGCACAUCAUUCAUACCGGGUACACCUUCGCCGGCAACGGGUCCUGGGUGCUACAGGACGGGACAUUCUCGGUGGUGGACUUCAUGGAGGCGUUCCAGGAGCACGAGGUGCAGCGGGUGUUGCGCGCUUAUCCGGACACCAUCACGAUGGACGUUCACUGUGCUACGGUCGGGAAUUGGGCAGCCAUCCAGGAGAAGUCCUUUGCCCGGCUCUGCCGCAUUCGCCUCAAUCCGGUGGAUGUGCUGAGCUCGGGCAGCGACAAGUUGAAUGCAUUCGUGGACUAUCUGGCUUCGAUGAUUGUGCCGACGGAAAUUUCCGAACUGCUUGAGAGCUCCGACGUAGUGGGAAACAUCCGCUUUAGCCAUCCGACGUUGUACGUCUUCCCCGGUGGACAAGGUGAUGCCGCACUAUUUGGAAUCAACGGUUUCAAUAUGCUGGUGGACGGAGGCUUCAGCAGGAAAUCUUGCUUCUGGGAUUUCGUACGCCAUUUGGACCGACUGGACGCUGUCCUUAUGACUAGGAUUAACAACACAAACAUCAAGGGUAUCUCAGCAGUUGUCGAAAGGAAGAACGAGGCCCACGUGUAUCCGCAGAUUGGACAUUUCUUCUGUAACAUUCCAGAGCGCAAAGGUCUUCUCAGUCCAGACGGUGAUAAAGAUCGCGAUCCUUUGCUAGUGGAUUUAAUUGAGGAAGGUCACCAGAUUGUUACAAACCUUAAGUCAUUGAACCUGAAGGCACAAAACUGUUACCGUGAUGCCGAUCCUAUCAAUCUGUACCACAAAGUCGGUCACGGCACCUUGGACAUGUACGUGAUUAGUCCAGCCAAAGACUCGAAGGAAGUUAAAGAUUUCAUUGCCAAAUGGCAUGCUGCCGACUCAAGACUUUUCGCACCCAAAGAUUCAAAGGAAUUCACGUUCCCGAUGCAAAAUAUUAUCUCUAUAUGUGCACUGCUAGUCUGGACUCCUGCUAACCCGGAGGACAAUAUAACGAGAAUCCUCUUCCCUGGAUCGGCUCCAGAGUACAAAAUCCUUGAAGGACUUGAAAAGAUCAAGAAUGUGGAAUUCAUGCGUCAUCCAGUGUGUACGGUCAAAUCCAUCGCACCGAGCAUUUCAACGCAAACAAUUACCAAGAAAUCACUCAAAUCAUCUUCCAUCGAUAAGAUCAUUCCCGAGCCAAUCCUUCCGUCCAAAGUAACUAAACCAUCUGAGAAGGAUAAUAAGAUUAUUGAUAAUAAAAUGAAAAUGAUCGACAACAAACUAGCCGAGUCGGUCAAAAGCGCAUCCGAUACUAUGGAUAGCUCUGCCGAUGAAGCCAAGCUGGAGAAACACAUCACCAAGUCAACGGUUGCUACGGCCAAAAUCGAGGCCAGCAAGACGAGAUCGUUCAAAACCAAAUCAGUCGAUGUUAAGAAAGUUGACAACAAAAUUAUCGAAUCCGGAAAGAAAAGUGACGCCGAUGAGAAGAAAGAUUCCGCGUCCGAUGCCGGAUCAGAGAAAGAUGAUACAGAGAAGAAAGUAACAGCUGAAGUCAUUUCAGAAAAACAACCCGACCAAGACAAAGAGAAGAAAGAUGACGAUAUACAAGAAAUCAAGAAAGUUGAGUCACCAACAGCCAAGGAUGACACCAAGGUCACCAAGAAAAUAAACCGCCCAGCAACUACUCGGUCACGAAUCGAUUCUAAACCACCAGUUAAAACAUCCAAACCAAUCAAGAAGAAAGAAGAAAUUACCAAAUCAUCUCCAACCACACCUAAGAAAACGGCUGAACCAAAAUUAACCAACGGCACUGCUGACAAGAAGGAUGAGGAACCAAAGAAAUCCUCGACUGGGCCUCCAAAAACAACCCGACCUGCUAGUUCAAAACCAGGAAAAGCUAGCCCGAAAAGCACACCAGCUAAAAGCGCGAAAGAUGCCAACAAUCGAAAGGUACUUGAGGCUCGACAGCGUCCGAUUGCCAAAGCUCCAUCAGUUCCUAAGCCAGCUGCUGAGAAGAAAGAAGCUGCUCCGAAAGUUGAACGCAAACCUAUCUCGCGUCGACCCAAAGGCGCAGCACCCUCUACAGCUACUGGUGGAAGUCCAAUAAAAGCAAAGAAGGUGCUGAAAUCUGAAAAAGACGCCGUUAUUCGCAAAGCUAAGCUGGAUAAGAACGGAACGACUGACUCGAGUUUGGUAUCUACACCGAGCGCCGACGAAGCUGUUGUUGCAGUCCAUAGACGUAUUGCAGAUACGGCAGCGGCAGGUGCAGCAGGUUCAAUCGAAAGUACUUCAGACAUUGACACCAUGCAACAGCAACAGCUUGCGGAGCUUAAGGAAGAGCAAGAAGCUGUACGAGAGAUCGAAGCUGUCUUUCAGCGAGAUUUGGGCAAGGGAAAGCACCGCGAACUUCUGGAUGAACAUCGCGAAAUUCACGACAGCGCCACGGAACCCGAAGAGGAAGAAGAAUAUCUUAUUAUUGAAAAAGAAGAACAGUACACUGAGGAUUCCGUGAAUGAACACGAAAGCAGUGCCACCAAAGAAGAAGAAAUCCAAAAACAUCAACGAGAUUCACAAGAGUCUGAAAAACGUAAGCGUGACAGCAUCGAAGAUGAGAAAGAGAAAGAAGACGCUGGAAAAGAAGAUGACGGUGAGGCUGCUGCUGUCGUCGAAGUCAUCGAAGGGGAAGCCGAAGUUGCAGAGAAAGCUGAAGAGGAAGAAAUCAAAGAAACUGAUGAUAAAGAAGCGGAGGAAGCUGACAAGGAGGAAGUGAAGGGAAAAUUCUCUCCAAAACACAAGCAAGAUCUGGAAGAAGAGGUACAGGACAUUAUUGCCUCUGCUAAAGAAAUUGCUAAAUCGAAAAUGGAGACUUCGAUGGAUGGAUUGAAAACCGAGGAAAUGUCAUCCAUCAGUCCGGAUGACAAAAUCAGUAGCACUAAGAAAACCAGUGAUACACGUGAUGAAGCAGAGCCUGAACCUGUUCACAAAGAACAGAUAGGGCCACCACACGAGAGCCAUCAUGAAGAGAGAAUUUCAGCCACGGCCGAAUCGGGUGCAACAACAACUGCACCGACACUUCCAGAAGAUGAACGGAUUCCUCUCGAUGAAAUCAAGGAAGAUCUCGUCAUCGAAGAGAAACACGUCAAAGAAGAAACCAAAGAAGUUGAAGUAGCGCCUCCCCUUCCAACGGUUUAUGAGCCUUUGGAACGACCGACUCCAGCCAAGAUGCAGUUCAGCGCACAGCAAGCUCAUAUGCGAGAUGUCGUCAAAACGCCCGAUGAGGUUGCUGAUUUGCCCGUUCACGAAGAAGCCGAUUUCGAAGAGUACAGCGAAGAUAAGGAUAAGGAAGAUGAGAAGGAACACGACACCAAGGAGAAGCCGGAAGCUUUGGCACAAAAGAAGGAGACUGAAGAAACGACACCAGAAAAGACUGAUAAAGUAGUGGCGGAUAAGUCGGCUGAAAGUGAUAAACUUUGUGAUACAGUAAAGAAUGCACAGGAUGAGGUGAAAGAAGAAAUCAUCGAAAAGGUAGAUAAGGACCUUAAUGUAGAAAAACCACCAAAACUAGAACCACAAACGGCUGCGGCCAAAGUUGAACUAGACGACGAGGCCAUCUUGAAGGAUCUCGAAUCACAAAUUAUUGCGCAAGAGGAUGUCAUUAAGAAACAACCAGAAAUAACUAAAACACAAGCCAAACCUGUGACACCAGCAGAGGGACAUAUGGAAAUCGAUACAGAUGAAGAUAAAAAGUCGGUGCAUGAAGAAGAAAUCAUCCCAACCAAAGUUGAACCCAAAGUCCCAAUGCCUGCUGAAACCUCGAUUUUGGACGAGAUAUGGAGCGCACCACAGAAGGCUGAAGAAAAAUUGGACGUCCUCAAGCAGAUUAUAGACGACAAGGCCAAAGAAACCACUUCUGAGUUGGUAACAAUGAAAGAUGAAAUGGUGAAGCAAGUAGUUGAACAAAAAGAUGAAAUCAUUGAAACAAUGAAAGCGGAAAUCGAAGACACCGUUGUCAAACUCGGCGAACAAGCCGAAAAAACAGUGAUCGCAAAAACAGACGAUGUAUUGGCGCAAAUAACUAGCAAAACUGACGCUAUCAAUACAGAAUUACAAGACAAAGCUAAGCAAAUGGAUGAAAACAUAGCAUCGGGAGUUGAAGCAGUCAAAGAAGAUGUUGCCAAAAAGGCGGCGAAGGCCGAUGAAAUUUUAUCCACUAUUGCUAUUGAAAAGCAGGAAUUGGAAAAACUAGCCAAGGAUAUCAAGGAAGAAGUAUCCGGUAAGUUGGACGAAACCAAGAAACAACUUGAAGAGGAAAUCAAUCAAACCGUCGAAAAAGCCCAGGAAAAGGCCAAAACCGGAAUCAGUUCAUUCUUUGGAGGAAUUUCUGAAGGAAUAAAAUCUGGAAUCGAAAAAAUUGCCGACAAAGUAGAAACAAAGAUCAAGGACAAAACUGAACAGGUCGAAGCUCGAUUGCAAGAGGUUACCGACAAAAUUGAAGAGCUGAAGGCUAAGGAAGUUGUUGAGGAAGUGUGCGAAAAGGUAGACACAUCAAAACAACCUUCGUCGGAAGCUGGUGCAUUCGAACCUCCAUUCGGUUUCGAACGUACUUUCACUCAAGAGCUUCGCGAAACACACAUAACAACGGUCGAUUCUCCUGUUGGCGAAGUUGAUAAGCUCAAAUGCCUCGUCAACAUUCCGCAGCACAUUGACGAAGACAAAGAACUCGAGGAGAUCGAAUCUAACAAAAUUGCGGCAUCUUAUGUAAUUGAAGAGGUUAAAUAUUCUGCCUUUGAAGAUGCCAAUCUGCGAGAGAUCAAAGAGGAGGAAGAAGAGGAUCGCACAAGUCCACCACAGAAAGACGACAAAAAAUUCUCUUCUCCUAAACUUGAACCAAUCGGAGUCCCUCCUCGUGCAAGAACUCCUGAAGAUGUGGCCAAGAUUGUUGCCAACGUAGCCGAAGUGUUGAAGUCGGAUAAAGGCCUUGAAGAAAUUAUACCUGGAUUCGAUGCUCAGGAGUUAGAGCGCCGGCUAUCCCAGGGAACUGCAACUCGAGAGGAAGACGUCGGAACUGUUCAACGAAUGUUAGUAACCGCUAGUAGCGAAGACGGAGGUGAAGAAAUCGAUAUUUGCCCACCAGGAACGAUUACCUUUUCAAAAUCGGCUACCCCAGAACCUACACUCUCUGGAAAGAUCACACCCGAAAUAAAGGUGGAAGACGAAUCUGAAGAAGCAGAAGAAAGUGAGGAUGAAAAACCUGAAAAACCGAAACUGCCAGAAAUAAAACCUGAGGAAAAAACCAGUCCAGCGUCUUCCGGUAAAUCAUCUCCGGAGCUGAAAACUUCCCCAACAUCCAUAGAGGAGAAAGACAAACACGAGCUUCCCGAGAAGGUUGUGAGCGAUGCGAAGAAGCCUGCCGAAAAAGUUGCAGAAGAUCGUAAAGAAUCACUAGUAGAGCAGCAUAUGGAUCUGAUUGAUGAUUCGAGACGUGAAUCUGCUUUCAGCACAUUCAGCGAGCGUGAUUACACGAAGGACGAAAGUUCCAUCGUCGAUGAGCGCGAUUCAUCAAGAGCUCACUCAAUCUCCAGUCAUAUCAGCGACUUGAAGGAAGAUGCUGCCGACGUUAAAGCUGUUACAGAUUUCCUUAAGGAGUCAGAAAAGGCGGAUCAGGAAGUUUUUGCCGAUAGUGACAAACUGCAAAAAGAUACUGCUCCGACUUCCAAGCAGGCUGAUGAACUGUCUAGUCCCGAAUCAGUCACAAGCCAGAAGACUGUGUCGGAAAAAUCACUAACAGAACAGGAAACUAAAAUGGACGAAAGUGUACUGGUUGCAACGGACAAAGUUUCCCGACCGGAAUCAGUUGCCAGUCAUGUGAGCGAAAAAGCUGAUACGAAACUGGAUGCCCAGACUUCUCGCCCAGAGUCGGCGGCAAGUCACUUGAGUGAAAAAUCAGCGACGAAGAUCGAUGCCAAGUCGGAAGGAGAUGCUGCUGAAGGAGCUUCCAGGCCCGAAUCAGCUGCGUCGCGAAAGGAUGAUGUAGAUGCAAAACCGGAUUCAAAAACAUCUCGGCCUGAAUCGGUCGCUUCGCAUAUCAGUGAUAAGGAUCAAGCGAAACAUGAAUCGCCACCCGAGUCUGUCAAAGCACAUAUCGAUGAAGAAAUGUCCGCUGACAAGCCUGAGGGCAAAUUGGAUGAUAAGAAAGAAGAAUCAAUAGAAAAAUCAUCAUCGAGAGCAGAAUCGGUAGCCAGUCAUGUGUCAGAUACCGUCGAAGCUGCGAAAACAGAAGAGAAAGAUGCCCAAUCGAUCUCCAGGCCAAUAUCUGCUGCUAGUCAUGUGAGUGAUUCGACCAAAGGAAUCGAGGAGAAGACACAGUCACGUCCAGAGUCAGUUGCCAGUAAUGUAAGCGAAGCUAGCAAGCCGAUAGAUGUUAAAAAAGAGGCUGAACAGAAAGAUGCCUCUAGACCCGAGUCUGUUGCAAGCCAUGUGAGUGAAAAAGCACCAUCCGAUAAGAUGGAAGCGAAGGACGUUUCUCGCCCAGAAUCGCAAACUAGCCAUAUUGACGAAAAGUUGGCUGCAGCCGAAAUUCGUCCAGAAUCCGUUGCUAGUCAUACGAGUGAGAAAGAAGCUAGUGAACAGAAGAUAUCUCAAGCAGAUCAAAUCGAAGAGAAGUUGACUUUUUCAAGACCAGCAUCGGUGGCUAAUCAUAAACCUAUAGUUACAGAUGACCUUAAAGUCGAUGAGUCUACAGUAUCUCGACCACAAUCUGUCGCGAGUCAUGUUAGUGAAAAGGGCAGCGAUUUGAAGGAUGAAUCUAUAGAAAAACCAGACUCACGACCAGCUUCUGCAAUAAGUCAUACAAGUGAUAAGGAUCCUAAACAAGAGAGUAGCGACAAAGGCGACAUAUUGAAAGUGUCGACUGCCUCUUUACAGACAUCACCGGCUGACAAGGAAACUUCACGCCCUCAGUCAGCUGCUAGUCACGUGAGUGACAAAACCACUGACGAUAAAUCGGGUCCAGCAGUCGAUGACAAACAAUCUACGAAAGGAGAAUCUCGCCCUGAAUCAGUAGCCAGCCAUGUUAGUGAGAAAGCUCCAUCUGAAAAAUCAACUCAUGAUGCUGAGGAUAAGUUGUCUACUAAAACUGAGUCGCGACCGGAAUCUGUAGGCAGUCAUGUUAGUGAGAAGGCUCCAUCUGAGAAAUCAGCUCAAGCUACCGAAGACAAAUUGUCAACAAAAGCUGAAUCGCGACCUGAAUCAGUAGCCAGCCAUGUUAGUGAGAAAGCUACAGAACAGCCAACAUCUGGCGCUGAUGACAAAUCCCCGACCAAAACUCACGAGUCAAGACCAGAAUCUGCUGCCAGUCACGUCGAAGAAAAAGCUGAAUCUGAAAAAUCCGUGCCAGCAUCUGCGAAAGCUGAAUCACGACCGGAAUCCGUAGCCAGUCACGUAUCAGACAAAGUGACUCAAGAAACUGCAGAUAAAACUUCCUCCAAAGGAGAAUCGCGACCAGAUUCUGUAGCCAGUCAUGUGAGUGAAAAAGCUCCAUCUGAGAAAUCAACUCAUGAUGCUGAGGAUAAGUUGUCUACAAAAGCUGAGUCGCGUCCGGAAUCUGUAGCCAGUCAUGUUAGUGAGAAAGCUCCAUCUGAGAAAUCAGCUCAAGCUACCGAAGAAAAAUUGUCAACGAAAGCUGAAUCGCGACCAGAAUCUGCUGCCAGCCAUGUAAGUGAAAAGGCUCCGUCUGAUAAAUCAGCUCAGGGUACUGAAGAUAAGUUGUCGGCAAAAGCUGAAUCACGACCAGAAUCUGCUGCCAGCCAUGUAAGUGAAAAGGCUCCGUCUGAGAAGUCAGCUCAGGGUACUGAAGAUAAGUUGCCUACAAAAGUUGAGUCGCGACCAGAAUCUGCUGCCAGUCAUGUAAGUGAGAAAGCCUCAUCUGACAAAUUCACUAAAGACGAUGAUGAUAAAUUGUCCACCAAAGCUGAAUCGCGCCCGGAUUCAGCCGCAAGUCAUGUAAGUGAGAAGGCUCCGUCUGAUAAAUCAGCUCAGGGCAUCGAAGACAAACUGUCGACAAAAGCUGAAUCGCGACCCGAGUCUGCUGCUAGCCAUGUCAGUGAGAAGGCUCCAUCUGAGAAAUCAGCUGAAGCUACCGAAGACAAAUUGUCAACAAAAGCAGAAUCACGACCAGAAUCUGCAGCUAGCCAUGUUAGCGAGAAGGCUCCGUCUGAGAAAUCCACUAAAGGUAUUGAAGAUAAGUUAUCAGCAAAAGCUGAAUCGCGACCAGAAUCUGCUGCCAGCCAUGUAAGUGAGAAGGCUUCAUCUGAUAAAUCAGCUGAAGGUAUCGAAGACAAAUUGUCAACAAAAGCUGAAUCACGGCCAGAAUCAGCAGCUAGCCACAUUAGUGAGAAAGUGCCAUCUGAGAAAUCCGCCCAAGCUUCCGAAGAUAAACUGUCAACAAAAGCUGAAUCGCGUCCGGAGUCGGCUGCAAGCCACGUCAGUGAGAAAUCGGCUCAACCAGUCGAUGAUAAAGCCUCCACAAAGACAGAAUCACGUCCGGAAUCAGCAGCAGCAGAGACUGAUAGCAAAUUGUUGGAGAAAACUGAGUCAAGGCCCCAAUCAGUUGCGAGUCACAUAAGCGAAAAGUCAACGACUGAAAAGGCUGAGGAAAAAAUAAUCGAUAAGGAGAUUUCAAGACCCGAAUCAGCAACUAGUCAUGUCAGUGAAAAACUUGAAGCUAAAGAUACUUCAAGACCGUCAUCAGUUGCUAGUCAUGUUAGUGAUAAAACUGCCGACGAGGGCAAGAAAACAGAAGAACAGCGACCGGAAUCUGUCGCGAGUCAUGUAAGCGACAAACCGGCAUCUGAGACAGAUGCAAAGGAAAAGGAAGCUUCGCGACCGGAAUCUGCGGUUAGUCAAGCCGAGCAAAAAGAUGCAUCGUCUAGACCAGUUUCUGUGGCAAGUCAUACUAGUGAACUAGCAAAAUUAGACGAUAAGGAUCAAUCUCGUCCGGAAUCGGUCGCUGACGAUAAGUCUCCGAUGAAGGAGCUGAAACCCGACGAUAAAGCUGGAUCUAGACCGGAAUCGGUUGCAAGUGGUACCAAAUCUCCAGCCAAAGAUGAGAAGGAAGUAUCUCGUCCAGCUUCUGCAACACAGCACAUCGAUGAUAGCGCAGCCACUACGAAAGUAGUCGAACAGUCAGCCGGAAGUGAUUUCUCGCGGCCAGAUUCUCCGGCCAGCUGCUCGAGCGAUAAGCACAUUCCGGCCAAGGAGCCAGAAUCUUUCUUCGUUGAAAAGGACUUGGCCCGUCAGGAUUCAAAUGCCAGCUAUCACGGAGAACCCAUACCGGGGGAAAAAUCUUUCUCUCGACCGGAAUCUCCAGCUAGCUGCGCUGAAGAUGAAGGGGAAUCAACCAAAGAUGCUAAACCUUCUCAAAUUUCAGAAAAAGAAACUGAAAUCAACAAGAAGGUAGAAAAGGUAGAGGGUGCGAUUACUGAAGAAACUUCAAAAGAAGCAAUGGAUGAACCGAAAGAUUUUUCAAGGCCCGAAUCACCGGAUAGUUGUGGAGCAGAUGAAGCGACAACUUUGCCAAAGCAAACAACAGAAUCAACCAUCCCAGAGAAGGAUCUCGCUAGGAAAGAUUCAUCAGCAAGCUACCACGGAGAACCCAUUCCGGACGAGAAGCAAUUCUCACGUCCAGAUUCUCCUUCCAGCUGCGGUGGUGAGGAAUCCGAAACGAAAUUAUCGCGCCCAGAAUCGGCUGCCAAGGAGCAAUCACGUCCAGAAUCUGCAGCUAGCCAUAUCAGCGAGAAAGACACUAAAACGGUUGCCAAGACAGAUAUCAAAACUGACGAGAAGGAUUCAUCCCGUCCUGUUUCGGCGGCCAGUCACGUUUCCGAUAAAUCCGCGGCGAGUGCUAAGGCCGAAUCCAAACAAUCAUUCGAAGAAGUUCUGUCACAUCGCGAAUCCGGCGUCAAUGGGGAACGUCCAACUUCAGCUUUGAGUGAUCAUAGCGAUAGUGAUGAAAAAAUUGUAAAGAAGGAAUCUCGUUCGAAGUCGAUGUCGGCUGUUACUGCAACUACCACACAGAGAAUCGGAUUCGAGGGUAGCGCUUUGGGUAUUCUAGAAGAAACCAUGGCUACAUCAAGAGACGAUUUACAUAUACUGAAGACACCGCGGGAUAGUGUUACCAAAAUUGAAGAACUGACCGUCAAAGAGAAACACGUCGAGCAAACGUCGGAAUCCAAAGUGGUCAAGGAACUGUUCGGUUCCGAUCAAUUCCCAUCCGAAGUCAAGGAAGAGUCAAAGGGAUUCCCAGUAGUGAAAUCUGAGCCAGAGAGCCCUGAUCAAGUUGAUUCGGUUAUUCCUGCGGUUGAUCAACUUCUAAAGGAAACCAGCAGCUCGAUGAAGGAAAUUGAAAAAAUGUCUUCAUCAAUCAUAACUAAAAUUCAGAGCACCGAAAAGAAAGAGGAAUCCGUCAAGGUGGAAGAGAAGAGUUCUUCUUUGGCAUUCCCGCUUUUGGAUAGUGGAAAGUCUAGUCCAAUGUCACUGGAUAAGGACAAAUCUCAAACAUCGAGUAUCAAAUCGGUGAGCCCUCACGAGAAAGAUUCUUUGGAAGGUAGCUCUGUUUCUCUGAACACAUUUAUCGAAAAAGAUAGUCUAUCCGAGACUGUAACUAAGCAAGUCACCAUUAAAAGCAGCGCUGUUGAUGCGUCCUCUUCUGUUGUUCAAACAACAACCAGCAAGGUUGAAAGUUCUGAACUGUUGGGAGGAGCCAAAACUCCACCAACUGCUCCUAUCAGUCCGAAUGUUAUCAAGGAAGAUUUUGGAUUGAGACAACAAGUAGAAAGCACCAUUGCUAGCAGUACUACUACAGCGGUCACUUCUUCAAGCACAUCAGUCAAGCAGCAGAAGGAUGAUGUAUCUGGUAUUUCAACACCUAAAGAAUCUGUACCAUCUGGCAAGAGCAGCCCCGGACUCAUGUCCGUCCACACAGGUAGUACAGAUAGUGCGUCCAAGUCAAUCAACUUUGGACAUAGUUCAGGUAUUGAAACAUCAGAAUCAUCCCCAAAACCGACAUCGCCCUUCCCCAAGGUGGUCGAUACGCUGAAGACUGAUGAGGUUAAGACCACCUCCGGAAUGAGCACUCCAGACAUGACGCGCACCUCUACACCGGAAAUGAUUGACUCUCAAAUCGAGUGUAUUGCAGAUGAAAAGAAAGAAUCAGCCACUUCGGCAACUACAAUUACUACUACAACUACCACAACAAAACGUUACAUUAUCAAAGAUGGAGAAAAAAUUGAAGUUGGCACCUCUGUUCACACCGAGGUAUCUGGCGAUGCUAAAAAGGAGGACACAAGCACACAGGAUGCUGAUUCGAUGUCCACAUCCACCAGUCUAACGACUACCACAACUACAAAAGUGAUCAAAGAACCAGCCAAGGCACCUGCAAACCUCACCCUGUCUUCAACCGAAGAUCGAGAUUUGACCGAGGAGUACGACGAUAAGGAUGGUAUGUCACCGAGAUCUGACAUUUCUUCGGGACAAGCGUCCCGUAUUGUGGCUGGUUGGCACGAUGAAGACGCUCCGGGAUCCCCGAUGAGCGUUACUUCACAAGCUCCACUUUCACCAAGUACCAAGUAUACAUACGACUUUGAUCUACAACAUUCUAGCUCUGGUGUGAGUAAAAAAUCGGACAUUGAAAUCGAUGAAAGCCAGGAUGACAUACCUCCUCAGUACGGUAGUGAAGAAGUAAAGUCUGCCAUUUCGCUGUCAUCAGGUUACAAACCGGAUCCGAUGAGUACUUCCUUCUACGGUCAGCUGCCAGACAUUUCCGAUACAGCCGUCACCACAGCAUCUUCCACAACAAAAUCCGUACCUAUUCCAAUUUCUACGGGUAAAGCAUUCACUAAAACCUACAUGGAGUACGCCUCGAGCGGCGACAGCAGUGUAGAUUCCAGCCAUCACAGACCGUCGAGCGAUCGCAAAUACCUAGAUGAAGCCGACCUUGAUUUCGAAAAGACAUUCACCAAACCGGGUCCCGUGGAUCUAAUGACGACUUCUAUGCACUUUUCCAGCGAAAAAGAAUUUAUGGCAGCAACAACGGCCGCUACCUCUGCCAUUACCACAUUCGCCGAAAGUCAGAAGAAGGAGUUGGACUUUACCGCCAGUGGUCUGCCGUCACAAGCACAAAGCACACAGCAACAAUCCUCAACAACCGCACAAUCCAGCAGCAGUACUACAACCGCAACCAGUAGUAGUUCUACCACGACCACAACCACAAGUCAGGAAAAGGACCCGCUAGCAUUGUGGGGUAAGCCGCUUGGACUUCCCUCGCCGGCACCGGCACCCGACGACAACAUGAAGACAACGCCCAAGAAGGAACGCAAGAUGCUGAUGAGCAAAACGCGGCUAAACAACGAGAAGAACCUGCGCAAGCGGUCCGAAUCGCCGAACAAGGCAACGGCCAAGAAGCCGGUUUACGUGGAUCUGUCGUACGUACCGCACCACGGCAACUCGUACUACGCCAACGUGGAGUUCUUCAAGCGGGUACGGGCCCGCUACUACGUGUUCUCCGGCACCGAACCGAGCCGCGAAGUGUACAACGCACUUCUGGAGGCCAAGCAAACCUGGGAAGAUAAAGAAUUAGAGGUAACUAUCAUUCCAACUUACGAUACCGACGUGCUCGGUUAUUGGGUUUCGGAGAACGAGGAUUUGCUGGCCAAAUACCACAUCGACCUGUCGCCAUCGGCCGCCCGCUGCACCAUCAACCUGCAGGAUCACGAGACGUCCUGUUCGGCGUACCGGCUGGAGUUCUAGGCCAGCGGUAUCUUUGUAGCUUUCACUAACGAUAUCCACGUAGCCGCCGCCGCUGCCGUAGAUGCUGCGAUCCAAGCCCCUACGCAAUCCAAGCCUACGACCUCGAAAUCCCUUAGUGCUUCUACUUCAGCUUCCAGGCUGGGUGGAUCCGGUUGAAUGGGACGGCGUACCAACUGUAAUUAGGACCCCUUUUCCUCUCCUCUCUUAUGGAGUAGUAUUUAGUUUAGGGCUUUUUUUGGAGAUCUCUAGGAUCCCGGAGAAAUUACUAUAGUAUAUAGAGACAGACGACCCUUUCCGGUGACCGGAUAAGGGCGAGUACGAAUUUCCGUUGUUGUUCCUUAAUCAGAAGUAAAACCAGAAAUAAAUUUAACAAAAAAAAUCACAGCACUCAGACUAAGCCCAUGUAUUUCUAAUAGGAGUUAGUUAGCAUUAUGAAACACUAGUCUUAAAAACAAAUCUUAGGAGAAGACAAUGAAAAUGAGCUUAUCGCAGAGAAACAGUACUCACACAAGAAACCCUUUCAAAAAGGCAGACAAAAAUCAAACGAAAUCAAAUGACAGCAAACGUCAUCAGCAAUUAACCAAGUCAAGCCAAACCGAUUUCUAUCCAAUCAACAACUAGUCGGUCGAUAAUCCAAGAGCCGAAGAUCUACAAGGAAGAAGACGAAACCAGGUAUAACUAGGAGCUAAAUAGGUACCUACUUAUCAUUACGAGAAUUAUAGUUGAGAGCAUUAGCUAACAGAAAGUGAUUCAUUUAAAAUAACCCUAACAUGACAAACAAGGUAGCUAGAGUUGUGAUAUUCUUUAAACUAAUUACCCUAUAGCUACGGUGUUGCAAAAACAAGAAAUUUAUCAAAUAAAACCAUACACAGAAAUAUAAAGAUAUUUUCGAAAGAUAACUGUUCCAAUUCUGAUGAUUCCCGAUAGUGGGGUGCGAUAGUGGUAAACGAGCGAUGCUAAGGCUUAUUUAUUUCGACCAGGAAGGUCAAUCUUAUUGAAGAGAAUCGUAUAUUUCGAAUCCAAUUGCCAACUUUUGACAAAAGAACAUGGAACCGUAGCUACUGUCUCUGGAGAAUCGCCGUUUACUGAUUGCCCUAGCAACAUGAAGAUGAUGACAUAAUUAUUCGAAUCUUCUACGAGACACAGGGUCGCCAGCUCUCAGCAGAGAUUGGCCAGCAAAAUUGAACGCAAACUUCCGUCUAAAGUAUUAUUCGAAACAACCAAUACAAACAACCACUUAUACGCACGAACGCCAUCAUAUUUUAGAGAGCAAUUUACUACCACAUUUUGACAGCCUGCGAGCUAGUAGUUGGUAGAGAGCCUCAGUGAAAACAAAGAAACUACAUACACAAACAAAACCGACGCCAUUUUGGAAACAAUUUUACAACAAACGUAAUAGCAUUUUUAGUCCAAACCUUGUUACGAAAACAAAUUUGAAAAUGCUUGUUAAAAUAGUGCUGAUAAACAGUCAAAUUUGCUCCGAUCUCUGCUGAAUUUGAGAGACCCUAGGCCAUUGAUUCGGAAGUAGAAAAAAACAUUAAACAAACAAAACACAAGAAACAAAGAUAUAUUUAAGAUUGUUGAAUCUAUUGAACCGUUGGACAGAUAACUCAAAGAAGGAUAAGCUAGCAAAUGCCGAAAAGAGAUCGUAUAUUUUUAUAUACAUUGAAAUCGACGCCUACGAAAGAGAGAGAGCGGAAACCCUGAAGAGAGUUCUAGAGCAGGUAAGCCCGAUUAGAACCAAUCCAAUUGGAAGUGAGACAGCCUUUCGUCAAUGAUCAAUAAAAUUGCAACCGAGGGAGAUGAGGCGUUGGUUAUUAUUACUGAAACAAAAAAUCUCUUUACUCUUUGAACUUUACUAUUAAAUAUGAGAAAAAAAUACAAAUAUUUAAAAUAAAAACAAAUGUUGAUCUAAACAUCCUUAGCUGAUACAACGGUUAGAAGAAUCAUCAUGCAUUUCCACGGAAUCAACAAACUUUAUCACGUUUCAAUUCUUUGGUACUUCUCGAUUCGAAACAGGCACUGAUGUAACCAAUCACAAAACAUCAACCUCAAAUCUUACCAAACAAAAAAAGGAAAUACACGUGUUUUACACAUCUCUGAAUCUAAUGAAAGCUAGCACGUGUAAAGCAAUUACAAGACAGAAACAAAUGAAAAGAAAACAUCAUUCGAAAGAUUGUGUUAGUUUUCUACAACUGACCUUUUUUCCUUUCAACCAGCUCCGCUAGCAAGUUUGAUACUGCUAAAUCGAAACCUUUAAAAAAUCAUCCACUGAAAAGAAUAAAUAAUAUUUACUAGGUUUAAUCAAGUUACUACUCAAGAUCGAAUAUUAAACACAGUUAAAUGAUACUCUAAUUAAAGCAAAACAAGAAAAAAAAUAGUGCAUGAGAGCCUAGUGAUGUUUCAAAACAAG